AUGUUCAUUUUCAAGAAAUAAAAUGAGAGAAAGAGACCUUUAAUAACGUUUCUUUAUGUAUAUUCAUUGCCUUGGUGAAUGAGCUGAAAUCUGCAAGCUUCAAUUCCCCGUUCAUUUUCUAUUGUAGCCUACCCAUAAAGAAGCCACCAUGGCUAGUUUUUUGGUUAACACAUUAAAGGAGGCAAUAGAUGACGUAGGAGAAAAAUUGCAAGAAGUACAACCUAUCAAUGCACUCAAAGAGGCUGUAGUUGAUGUAGAAGAAAAAUUACAAGAAGUACAACCUAUCAAAGCACUCGAAGACACUAUAGCUGAUGUAGGAGAAAAAUUACAAGAUGUACAACCUGUCAAAGCACUCGAAGACGCUAUUGCUGAUGUAGGUGAAAAAGUACAAGAAGUACAACCUAUCAAUUCACUCAAAGAAACUAUAAGUGAUGUAGGAGAAAAAUUACAAGAAAUACAACCUCUCAAUGAACUCAAAGAGACUGUAGCUGAUGUACAAGAAGACUUGCAUGAAAUACAACCUAUCCAUGGCCUCAUAGACACCAUAUCUAAUGUACGAGAUGAAUUACUUGAAGCAGAGCCUGUCAAUGCCCUCAUAGAGGCCAUAUCUGAUGUACAAGACGAAUUGCAUAAUAUACAACCUCUAAAUGCACUCAAAGAGACCAUGAAUAAGGUACGAGAAGGACUACAAGACGUACAAUGUGUCGCUGAUAUCAUAGAGGCUAUAGUACCUCCUAUCAUGGGAGUCCUAGAGACUAUAGUACCUCCUGUCCUUUCACUCGUGAAGAAAAUCGUUGUUAUGUGUGCUACAAACGACUGAAGAGGAAUAAAGUUGUUUAUAUUUAUGAUUUGAAAGUGUUUAAGAAGGUAAUGUGUAUUGAUAAUUUAGGAACAUGCAAAGUGCUUGUAAUGUGAAUACAAAAGUUGAGGAACGUGUUAAUUAUUGUAAUGUUAUUGAGAUUGAAAUA